AGUUGUCCUCGGAGUUGCCUGAUUGGAAAAUCUCGAGGGCAAGACAUUCACCUCGGGGCAGCUGCCCCCCACUGCCCACUAGAGACGAGACCAAGAUCCCGGGGUGCUUUUCCUUUCCUUGGAAGUGGUUUCUGGGUUCUGAGGAGUUUCCCCCUCGGCAGCCCUGAGCUGGCAGUUGUGGCGGUGGCUGUUGGGCCCUGCUGCGCGGCGGUCGCAUGCAGCUCCUAUGAGGCCCCUGUCGCCGGUCGGCGAUGUCCGGCUGGAGCUGUCGCCGCCGCUGCCGCUGCCGGCUGUGAGCGGGUCUCCAGUGGGGUCUUCUGGGCGUCUCAUGGCCGCUAGCAACUCCCUGGUGCCCGACCGGCUGCGGCUGCCGCUCUGCUUCCUCGGCGUCUUUGUCUGCUACUUCUACUAUGGGAUCCUGCAGGAAAAGAUAACAAGAGGAAAGUAUGGGGAGGGAGCCAAGCAGGAGACGUUCACUUUUGCCUUAACUUUGGUCUUCAUCCAAUGUGUGAUCAAUGCCGUGUUUGCCAAAAUCUUGAUCCAGUUUUUUGACACUGCCAGGGUGGAUCGUACUCGGAGUUGGCUCUAUGCUGCCUGUUCUAUCUCCUAUCUGGGUGCCAUGGUCUCCAGCAACUCAGCACUACAGUUUGUCAACUACCCAACUCAGGUCCUUGGUAAAUCCUGCAAACCAAUUCCAGUCAUGCUCCUUGGAGUGACCCUCUUGAAGAAGAAGUACCCAAUGGCCAAGUACCUGUGUGUGUUGCUGAUUGUGGCUGGAGUGGCCCUUUUCAUGUACAAACCCAAGAAAGUAGUUGGGAUGGAAGAACACACAAUUGGCUAUGGAGAGCUGCUCCUGUUACUAUCUCUGACCCUGGAUGGACUGACAGGUGUUUCCCAGGACCACAUGCGGGCUCAUUACCAAACGGGCUCCAACCACAUGAUGUUGAACAUUAACCUUUGGUCGACAUUGCUGCUGGGAGCUGCAAUCCUGUUCACUGGCGAGCUCUGGGAGUUCUUGAGCUUUGCUGAAAGGUACCCUGCCAUCAUCUAUAACAUCCUGCUCUUUGGCCUAACCAGUGCCCUGGGUCAGAGCUUCAUCUUCAUGACGGUUGUGUAUUUUGGUCCCUUGACCUGCUCUAUCAUCACUACAACUCGGAAGUUCUUCACCAUUUUGGCCUCUGUGAUCCUCUUUGCCAACCCCAUCAGCUCCAUGCAGUGGGUGGGCACUGUGCUUGUGUUCUUGGGUCUCGGUCUCGAUGCCAAGUUUGGGAAAGGAGCCAAGAAGACAUCCCACUAGGAAGAGAGACUACCUCCACCGCAGGAAUAUUUAAGUUAUUAUUUCAAAUAGUGAUAUCUCUUAGGAAAAUGGACACAAUAGGGAUAAACGACUGGGUUUGUCUGUUUUUUUGUGUUUUUUUUUUUAAAGGAAGCAAAAUCACAUAUUCUGGAGAGAAAAAAAAAAAAGCACUUGGAUUUUAACAAGA